GUCGGGUUCGGGUCGGGUCGGAUCGGAGUUCAUGAAAUGUCAACCCGACUCGGGUUUAAUAGGUCGGGUGCUACCUGACCCGAUUUCGGGUCGGGUCGAGUCGGGUUGGCAUAGGGGCAGGGACGGGUAAUAAGCCAACCUGACGGUAGACAUGGGCACAAGCCGAGCCUUUAUUUUUGGUGCCCGGCUCGAGUCGAGCUGCGCCGGCUCGGCUGGACUCGAGCCGGUGGCUCGGCUCGGCUCGCGCAGGCGAAACUAGGCAAGCGUGAGUCGAGCCGGCUCGAGAUGGCUCGAUUUCGAGCCAGCUGGCUCGCAGUUCAG